AUGUCUCAACCAACACAACAGGAAUCUAACGACAUAUUACCAACCCAAUGCGAUGGCACUGCUGCCUUCCCCCAAGUAUCACCCAUCCCAGAAGAGCCACGCACACCGAGCGACGAAACCUCACUACCAUCCAGCCGUCCAGGACAUGUAUCCUUCACGACAGACAGACUAGGCUCGCUCAGUCGUGCUGCGACGGAUCGGGUGUUUCCUAUUCGCAGCGUCGUUAGUGUCGACCCUACUCCAACCCCGAAGCCGACUUCCCAAGGCGACUAUUUUCACCCCUUCUCACGGACAAACGAUGCCCGUCUGUCAUCCGAUACCCGUCGUGGCUCUCAGGGCUCAAUUACCUCACAGUCGUCCCAAGCCUCGCAACGCGCCCGCAAUCGCCCCAGUGCACCUGCAGCUCCAAUGGCAGACCCGGGUUCGGCUACAGCAUCAGCUUCAAACGCUCCUCAGGCUGAUGGGAAGCCAAGUCAAGAAGGCGAGACUUCCAGAAAGGCCCAACCGUUGCUAGCCACGCAGCUGUUCAAUGACCUGGCCUCGACUACGUCGGGGGGGAGUGUUGCUCCGGGAGAUAGUCGGUCACCGUCGCUGAGAGUUGACCACGCUGUAUCUGCUGGCGCUGCUUCGGUAAGCAGCCUGGACCUGGGCGGCUUGGUGACACAUCGCUUCAAGCAUGUCACGACUGAAGGGGGUCAUAUGGUCAUAACAGGGCGCGACGGAGACACAUUACAGCGCUGCGAGGAUGAGCCCAUACACCUUCCUGGUGCGGUGCAAGGUUUUGGCCUUCUAGUUGCGCUGCAGGAUGACCCAGCAGGAAGCGGCGGCCUGCUUGUUCGGAUCGUGAGUGAGAACUCCAAGAGAAUCAUAGGACGCACGCCCAAAGAGCUGUUUGCUCUUGAAAGCUUCACAGAUAUCCUCUCGGAAGAGCAAGCAGACAACCUUCUCGAUCACAUCGAUUUCAUUAAAGACGAGGACUCGGAUAUUACUGCCAACGGCCCUGAGGUCUUCACCAUGUCCAUCAAGGUAGCAGGAUAUUCUCGGACUCGCAAAUUGUGGUGUGCUAUACACAUUAGCGACGCUAAUCCUGGGCUCAUCAUAUGCGAAUUCGAGCUUGAAGACGACCCGCAGUAUCCACUGGUACCUCCUAAUGAUCAUACGCCUGAUCUUCCAGAAGAUACCAUGUCCAGCAAUCCUACCGCAGAGGAAUUAUUAGAGAGCACCGAAAUCAAAAGCAAGCCUCUCAGGGUUUUGAGAAGUGCACGGAAGAGGAAAGGCGAGGCUGCGGCAAUGGAGGUGUUCAAUAUCAUGUCGCAGGUGCAAGAACAGCUUGCUGCAGCACCGACCCUAGACAAGUUUCUCAAAGUGCUGGUAGGCGUCGUGAAGGAACUGACGGGCUUUCACCGUGUAAUGAUUUACCAGUUUGACCAAAGCUUCAACGGCCGGGUGGUAACCGAACUCGUGGAUCCUCGAGCGACCAAAGAUCUUUACAAAGGACUAAACUUUCCUGCAUCCGACAUUCCCAAGCAGGCUAGAGACCUAUACAAACUCAACAAGGUUCGCAUGCUCUACGAUCGUGAUCAAACAACGGCUCGGCUCGUGUGCCGUACAGCCGAAGAUCUCGAGCAUCCACUCGACCUUACCCACUCUUAUCUCCGCGCAAUGUCCACAAUACACCUCAAGUACCUUGCGAAUAUGGCUGUGAGGUCAUCCAUGUCGAUAUCCGUUACUGCUUUCAACGAUCUCUGGGGCCUGGUCGCUUGCCAUUCGUACGGGCCUCGAGGCAUGAGGGUGUCUUUUCCCAUUCGGAAGAUGUGUCGCAUGGUUGGCGAUUCAGCAUCUAGGAACAUUGAAAGAAUAUCGUAUGCAUCUCGAUUGCAGGCUCGAAAGCUCAUCAAUACUGUUCCCACUGAGGCGAACCCGUCUGGAUACAUUAUCGCCUCAUCUGACGAUUUGUUGAAGCUUUUCGAUGCAGACUUUGGCCUUCUUUCGAUUCGAGACGAGACAAAGAUCCUUGGUCAACUAGAAAGUCCCCAAGAAGCUCUCGCCAUGUUGGAAUACCUACGUAUGAGAAAGAUACAGUCGGUCAUAACUUCGACGGACGUUACCCAAGAUUUCCCGGACCUACGCUAUCCACCCGGCUUUCAUGUAGUAGCCGGCAUGCUUUUAGUGCCAUUGUCUGUUGGCGGUGAGGACUUCAUUGUGUUUUUCAGGAAGGGUCAAUUGAGAGAGGUAAAAUGGGCCGGUAAUCCAUAUGAGAAAUUCAUCAAAGAAGGCACAGCAGGCUACCUGGAACCGCGGACGAGCUUCAAGACAUGGUCCGAAACGGUAGUUGGAAAAUGUCGCGAAUGGGCAGAAGAAGAAAUCGAGACAGCUUCGGUGCUGUGCUUAGUCUACGGCAAGUUUAUCGAAGUCUGGAGGCAGAAAGAGGCUGCUUUACAAAACAGCCAAUUAACACGGUUGCUACUCGCAAACUCCGCACACGAGGUUCGAACACCACUGAACGCGAUCAUUAAUUACCUCGAGAUCGCCUUGGAGGGCUCAUUGGAUCAGGAAACACGUGAAAAUCUAGGGAGAUCUCAUUCGGCAUCAAAGUCCCUUAUCUACGUUAUCAACGAUCUUUUAGACUUGACCAAAACGGAAGAGGGUGGGCCUUUGGUCAAGGGCGAGUCAUUCGACCUGUGUGCUACCAUCAAGGAAGCUACGGACAUGUUUCGAAAUGAUGCGAAACGGAAGAAUAUCGGAUACGAGGUUAUUGAGCACCCUGGGCUACCAAAGCUUUGUAUUGGAGACCAGCGCCGCGUAAGACAAGCCGUCUCGAACAUCACCGCCAAUGCUAUACAGAAUACGAGUCAGGGAAGCGUCAAAGUCGAAGUAUAUGUAGCCGAACGGGUGGGGCAAGACCAUGUUGAUGUGGAAGUGGCAGUCUCGGAUACAGGUGUCGGCAUGAACACCAAGAAACUAGACCAGCUAUUUUAUGAUCUCGAGCAAAUUCAGUCGGAGCCCUCGUCGUUGCUAGAAGACGCCCUCUUACCAGAUGCCACAAAAGUAGCGGAGCAGGGAGACAAGGCUACACUAGGCCUAGGCCUAGCCUUGGUAGCACGCAUAAUCAAAAAUAUGAACGGGCAGCUUAGGCUUCGGUCUGAAGAAGGCAAAGGCUCUAGAUUCGUAAUACAGUUUCCAUUUGACCUUCCAGACUCUGAGGCAGAAGAUGCACCGCCUACGGUCAGCUCGCCAGUACCGUCACAACCAGUCACACCUCUCCUUGGACCGACAGACGGCGAACGCACCUUGAUCGCACCGACUUUGACACGCAAUGCAUCUGAAACGAUCCAGCAUGCUGAUAAGGGUAUUGCUAGGAGAUCGAGCGCAGAGAGCUUGACUGGCAAGUCGAGUCUUCGGAGUUUCAUGAGUGGUUCAAGUCAGAGAAGCGAUGUCGAUCGACUCAUCGACGCCAUCCAAGAGCCGCACCCAAUCGGCAGACAAGCAACAGGCGAUGGAAGUCCAAGUGCGCGUUCUUGGAGGCCUCCCAUGACCAAACGCCACAGCCUAGAGUCAUCCCGCCAGAGGUCCAAGAGUCUCGAACCAGCAGGCGGACCAGUUGUGAUCCCACCGCAUCAGAGAAGCCUAGACACGAAAAUACCUGGUGAACGCCCUAUUGUAUCCUCUGGCGUGCCCCUCAAAGCUGUCAAAGUUCCCGGCGAUGCCGGCUCGCCGGUGGAAACUAGCCCGAAGAUUGGGGGGAUAUUGGGCGAAGUGCAUGAUGACGUUGCCCAACUAGAGCCGAGUCCUCCGGAGAAUUUGACUGCGGAGCACUUGCGUGUUCUUGUUGCUGAAGAUGACCCGGUGAACAGUAGGAUCGUUAAGAAACGGCUGGAGAAAGUGGAACACGAAGUCUAUCUGACCGUGAAUGGUGAGGAGUGCGCAUCCGCGUUUUGUGACCAACCAAGCGCCUUUGAUGUUGUCCUGAUGGAUAUGCAAAUGCCAAUCGUGGAUGGUCUCACAUCAACCAAGAUGAUCCGAUCAUUUGAAAAAACCCACACGGAAAUCUACUCACCACGGGCGGCCCUCUGCGGCCGCAUUCCAAUCAUAGCCGUCUCUGCUUCCCUAGUUGAGCGGAACCGCAAGGACUACAUUGAGGCCGGCUUCGACGCAUGGAUCCUGAAGCCUAUUUCAUUCGACCGACUGAAAAGCCUCAUGGCGGCCAUUGUUGACACCAGCAUCCGGGAAGAGUGUCUGUACCAGCCGGGCCAGUGGGAAAAAGGAGGGUGGUUCCACCGAGGCCAAAAGAGCUCGCAGGAGGCGUCAACCAAGCCUUCCGGCGAGACAACGAUGUCCUAUCUCACGCAGCAAACAGAGGAACCUGCACAAGCGGACCAUGAUGCAGCUGGCGAAGGCAAUAAAGAAGGUACCACGGCUGAGGAGAAGGCUGGAGAGGAGGAAGAAGACCAGACAACGCCGACUUGA